AAUUUAUAAUUUUAAAUUUUAGAGCAUGCUAUGGUUAAUAGUUAAUUGACAGAUUAGAUUAGUAUUUUCGAAAUUUGUAAGUGCACAUAAACUACAGAUUAUAAAACAACAUUUAAAAAUGAGUGAUUCAAGUGAAUUUGAAGAUAAUAAUACACCACCAGAUAUUUUGGAACAAGUUAAUAUAACCGUACAAUCUUUAUUGCCCCAAAAAUCCAAAGAAAGGUACGAAAAACAGUAUUUAAAUUUUAAGCAGUGGGCCAAAGAAAAGCAUAUUCGUACUUACUCAGAAAAUGUAAUUUUGGGAUAUUUUUCGAUAUUAGCCCCUACAUUAAAAGCUUCUACAUUGUGGUCCAAAUAUUCGAUGCUACGUACCAUGCUCCAAAUUAAAGAAAAUGUGGAUAUUAAAUACCCAAAAGUAAUCGCUUUCUUGAAAAGACAGAACCAGGGAUAUAAAGCUAACAAUGCAAAAACCUUCUCCAGAGAGGAAGUAAAUAAAUUUCUACUAGACGCUCCCGAUCAUAAUUAUUUAUUAAUGAAGGUUCUCCUCAUUUUCGGAAUUUCCGGAGCAUGUAGAUGUGACGAGCUUGUUAAAAUGGUCACUAAAGAUGUCGAAGACAAAGGUUCCAUUUUAAUAGUAAAUAUUCCAAACACUAAAACAAAUAUGCAGAGAACGUUUGUAAUUAAUGCUUCAUCUGGAAAUGGCCCUAAUGAUAUUGAGAUUUAUAGAAAAUAUAUAUCAUUACGUCCUAAAAUAGAUCAGUCACGUUUGUUUGUCUGUUAUAGAGCAGGGAAAUGUUCCAAACAACUGGUUGGAAAAAAUUCUAUCUCUAAAAUUCCUACGAAAAUUGCAGAAUUUUUAAAACUACCUAAUGCCACAAAUUAUACCGGGCAUAGUUUUAGAAGAACCUCUGCAAGUUUACUUGCAAAUUCUGGAGGAGAUAUUCUCGCUUUAAAGCAACACGGAGGUUGGAAGUCGACGAAUAUCGCUGAAGGGUAUAUUGAACAGUCUCUUGCAAAAAAGCAAAAAAUUUCGGAGCAAAUUAUGGGAGUCACCGAAGUUGAAGAAGUAGAUUAUAAUCAGCCAAGUACGAGUACUUUCGGGGGAUGCCAGGUGUAUAAUAAUAAAAGUGAUAGUGAAAAUAUCACGAAAACUACGUUGGCUCCAGCUCUCACUACUAGUGGUAUUCAAAUAGCAACUGCUCAAAAUUGUACAUUUAAUAUUAAUAUAAAUAAUUGCCCAACCACAAAUUAACAUAUUUAGGAUUCAGUUAUGAA